AUGGGGAGCAUCGUCAGAAGGCCGUCAAACCUAACGGCAGCAGCCGUCCGGUUUCGACUUGCUCCGUUAUUACCGUUCUCCGGAAGUUCUGGUUCCGUUAACUCGGACACGACUCGUUGCUCCGAGUUAAUUCGAGUGCCGAGUUUAGUCGAAGGCUGCGACUACAAGCACUGGCUGGUGCUCAUGAAGCCUCCCAACGGAUACCCACCCCGAAACGACAUCGUACAAGGCUUUAUCAGAACGCUCGCCAUGGCUCUAGGGAGUAUCUUUCCCUUUCUUAAUUCUGCUACAUCAGUCACAACUCUUUUUCUUCGGUGUAACUACAUGGAUGGCCCUCUUCCUGCUAAAGAACUUAAAGAUUUGACAAUCUUGGAAGUGCUGGAUCUCAGUGAAAACAGAUUUAGUGGCUCCAUACCAGUUACAAGAGUUAUCUGCCCUCAGGAAGCUGAAAUCUUUGAAUCUACAUCAUAA